UCCCACUUGCCGGAAGUUCCUUUUCAGGAGUACGGGGUUGUUCUAGUUGAUCAGCGUUCCAUCUUCCCGCGCAACACCGGCAAGAACAUGCUUCUGAUUCAGCUUGCCCACUUAGCUGUAAAAAUACAUUAAUCAGAACUACCUGGCAUCCUCCUGAACAAGACUUCAUUUGGGCCCAGUAUGCUUCACUUCAUCCAGAAGUUUUCUCAAGCAUCUUCAAAGAUGCUGAAGUACCCUUUCAUGGUUGGACUAGGAGCCAGCGGGAGAACAGAAACACUUUCUCUCAAGACAUGUCUCCAGCAGAACUUUUCACCUUUGUUUCUAAGGACUUUGCCCUUCUCAUCCUUUCUAGUGUGUAUGAACAAGACACAAUACUAUCAUACUUCUCCAUGCAGCUUUAAGAAGAAGCCAGUACUUCCAGCCAGGCCACAAAAAACUAUCAUGUACCUUCCUGACAGCCCAAAGCCAGCAUUGUAUAUAUCUCUGGCAGGACUAAUCCCUUUCUUUGCGCCACCACUGAUCAUGCUGAUGACAGAGACUUACAGCCCUGUAUUAGCUUUUACUCAGAUGGCCUACGGAGCGAGUUUCCUAUCUUUCUUGGGAGGGAUCAGAUGGGGUUUUGCUCUGCCAGAAGGUAGUCCAGCCAAACUAGACUUCCUAAAUUUAGCUGGUAGUAUAGCUCCUGUUGUGUUUUCAUGGUUAGCCUUCCUUAUUUCUGAAAGGCUCAGUGAAGCUAUAGUCACAGUAAUAAUAGGUUUGGGGAUAGCAUUACAUAAUGAACUUUUUCUCUUGCCACAUUAUCCCAACUGGUUCAAAGCCCUGAGGAUAGUAAUCACUUUAGUUGCCUUUUUAUCAUUUGUAAUCACUUUACUACUUAAAGAUAUUUAUCCAGAGAAAAGACCCAAGAGACCUGGUCAAGUAGAAUAAGUAUGAAACUACCCUGUAGAUGAUGUUAGCAUGUUGGUUAUAAGUCUUGUAAGAUUGUUUUGCAUCUCCUUUUUCUUCAACUGUUUAACUGUUUCCCACCAAUGAUAAUUUAUUCACAUUUUUUUCAUUUCUAGAAAUCUUUAUUUCAUAGGAUUUAUAUGAUUAACAGCAUGAAAAUCCUUAACGAGCCUUUUUCAUGUCACAUUAGGUUACAGUUCUCAUUC